AAAUAGUUAACCAGUCUGAUAACUACUACCGAACGAAAACCACGGCUUCUCUGUGAAAGAUGUUUAAAAGUGCCGUGUUUAUUAAAAACCGGAUAAAUUAUACACCGUUAAGAUUAUCCCGGUACCUACAAACAGAUCAAGCGAGCUACUUACUCCAUCCAGGAAAUGAAUCUCUAAUCACUGCAAACUUAGGACAAGUUUUAGAAGAAAGUGCUAAAAAGUACGCGAACAGAAUAGCGAUCAAAUCCGUUCAUGAAAAUUUGAGUAUUACAUAUGAAGAAUUAAUAAAACAGGCAGACUCCCUAGGACAUGCUCUACGACAGAGAGGCUUCGAAAAGGGCGAUCGCUUAGGUUUAUGGACACACAACUGUACGGGAUGGAUCAUCGGAACAGUAGCGGCUGCUAGAGCAGGUCUCAUACCUGUACUAAUCAAUCCCGUGUACGAGAAACCAGAGCUAAGCAAUUGCAUCAAUAAAGCUGAGAUAAAAGGAAUGCUUAUUGGAGAUGAAAUAUCAACUAGGAACUAUUAUAGUAUGAUGCAACAGAUUGUACCUGAACUGCAGACGUCGAAACCAGGCCAAAUCAAAUCGGCUACAUUUCCAACACUUACUACUGUUGUUACAGCUGGGAAGAAUAAUUUACCAGGGACAUUCAAUCUAAAUGAUUUAACAAACGAACACAAAAACAACAACAAUAUAUCUCAAUACGUGCGAGAAACCAAAUCGGAGGAAGGCAGCAUUAUUCAUUUCACUUCAGGGACUACUGGAAACCCAAAAGCCGCUUUAGACUCACAUUUAGGUCUUGUCAACAAUAGCUAUUAUACAGGAGUUAGAAACAAUUUCAAUGAAGGACAUCAAAUUUUGUGUGUGCAAGUUCCAUUGUUCCACGCGUUGGGCUCUAUAAUCACAACUCUGGGCGGACUAGUUCAUGGCGUCACUCUUGUAUUAGCGGCCCCAACCUACAACGUGGCUUCUAAUAUUAACGCCUUAUGUGCCGAAAAAUGUACGGCAAUUACGGGAACACCGACAAUGUACGUCGACAUCAUCUCAAAAAUAAGGGACAAGGCAGAUUUACCAAUAAAUGUAAACAUGGCGCUGGCGGCCGGUGCUCCUUGCAGUCCACAGCUUAUACAUCAAAUUAAGAAAUAUCUUAAAGCAGAUUCAGUCAAAGCACUUUACGGUAUGACUGAAACUACGGCGAGUGUAUUCCAUUCGCUUCCUACGGACGGCGUGGAUCUUGUGGCUGAGACUGUGGGCUAUUUACAGGACCAUGUAGAAGUUCAAGUUGUUGAUGAGAACGGAAAAAGAGUGCCAUACAAUCAACCAGGAGAACUAAUGGUGCGUGGCUACCUUAAUAUGAUUAAAUAUUGGAAAGAUCCAGAAAAAACGAAAGAAGUACUAAGAGAUGACGGAUGGCUUCAUACAGGUGAUACAUUUACAAUAUCUCCGGAUGGUUAUGGCCGGAUAGUUGGUAGAAUUAAGGAUAUUAUUGUAAGAGGAGGAGAGAACAUAGCUCCCAAAGAAGUAGAAGAUUUGUUGAACACGCACCCAGAUAUUAUUGAAAGUCAAGUUGUUGGAGUAGCAGAUGAGAGAUUGGGUGAAGAGCUUUGCGCAGUAUUAAGGACUCGAGAUAAUAUCUCCAUUGAUCUUCAAGAAAUAAGAUCGUUCUGUUCUGGAAAGAUCUCCAAAUUCAAAAUACCCAGAGUAAUUAAAAAGUUAGACGAAUUCCCAAAAACCGUUUCUGGAAAGAUACAAAAGUUUAAAAUAAGACAAAUGAUUGAGUCUGGAAAGUUAUAAAUCAAUAUAUUAUUUAUACAUUUACACAUACACAUUAUGUACAUAUUUUGUUAAUAAAUUAAAGGUAAACUAAUAAAUAAGUUCUUAUUAAACAA